AUGGAUUCCAAAAUAAAUAAUGAUAUUGAUUCAUCUUCCUCCGACUCCACAUCAAAACCUUCCACGACCUCGAUAAGAACCAAUAAUAAACAAAAGGUUCCAUUCACAUUAAAAUAUCAAUUAAAUAUUCGUAAGAAUUCAAAUGAUUCAUCCUCUACCGUUAAUUCCCCUCUUCCAAUUGGCGCACAAAGUGGACUGCUUGCAGACCUAACUUUUGAUCAGGAUAAAGGACAGUUUUUGUGGGCAACCGAAGGCUACCAACAGAAUUUAAAGAAAAGACGUGUGACAAAUAAUUCAAACACCGGUGGUAAUUCAUCACCAAAACCUUAUGAUAUGUGUAAAGUUCCAAGACCACCUAACGCGUUCAUUAUAUAUCACAGAAAUAAAUCUAAGGAGUUGGCAAAAUUUAAGUCUAAUGGAAAAAGUGAAUCCAAUGAACGUCAUCCAUCAAAAACAGUUGCAGAAAUGUGGAAAGAAGAGCCCGCUGAGAUUAAAUUACAAUAUCAAAGAGAAGCAGAUUUGGCCCUUGUAGAACAUAAAAAGAAAUAUCCUUUUUAUAAAUAUAAACCUAAAAAGAAGGAUGGUAAAAAUAAAUCAAAAUCCCAACAAGUUAAUAAUAAAACUUCAAAAAAUAAAAAAUCAUCAUCAAUAAAAUCUUCAAAUGACAAUAAAGAUAAUAAGAAAGAAAUAAGUAAUGAAGAUGAUGAUUCUCAAGUUCCUAUAGAACAUAGAAAGCAAGCGGCCAUGGAAUCUGCUUUUACCGUAUUUGAUUUAGAUACUCCAAAGGAAAAUAGUAAUAAUAAUAAUAAUAAUAAUUCUCCACAUAGUCCAACGAACAAUAUUACCAUGUCAAAUCCACAAGUUAUGACCCCAAUUUGGACUGAUUAUGAUAAACAAUUUUUUGAUAGUCCAAUUAACGAACGAUUAAAUUACUCUCCUUUACAAUUACCUUCACCACAACCACAAUCACAAUCACAACAACAACAACCACCACCACCAUCAUGUCAAUGUACAACCCAUUGUGUAAAUAACAACAACAAUAAUAAUAAUGGUGUUGCAAGUAUUGCAUCCGUUACAACAGCUUUAGAAACAUUAUCUUCAGAGCAAUGGAACGCGGUAUCUGAAAUAUUUAGUAAUGUACUGGAAUGUAUGGGGGUAAUGCCUCACUGUAAUAAUCCGACAACCCCAAUAGAAGCAACACCAACUUCAAUAGCGCCUAUAUCAGGUAUGUCAGGAAUUGCACCCUCAGGAAUGUCCCAAAACUCAAUAGCCGGAAUUGAUAUUACAACACCAACAACAACAUUGGAUAAUAUGAUGAUGACAACUUUUAAUACUACAGAUUAUUUUCAAAUUACUGCGCAUGACUGGAAUGAUAUGGAUAUUGAUGAUAUGGGUGACAUAGCAACAAACUACGUUGUACCCUCACAAUCAGCUUCGGAAUCUGUUCCCCCGCCAACGCCAACCAGUCCAACUGAUUAUUUGUCUUGGGCUACAUCUACACAUCAAUCAAUAGAUUCUCAAUUUGCUGUUGCUGAUCCAAUAACCAAUGUUACUGAACAAUUUUCACAAAUAAAUCAAGCAACCAAUAGUGAUUUAUUUACUUCAGCAGAUAGCGAUAAUAUUUGUACUUUAUUUAAUUCAGAUUUUGAUAGCGAUUUUAAUUUUACAUUAUAA